AUGAGAUGGCUGGGGGGCUCUGUUGCCCCUCACCCUUUUCACCCCCACAGGAUUCCCCUGGCACCUGGCGCCUCCCACCCACCACCUGAGCACCACCACCACCUGGACUGCCCUCUUCCCCAGCCCUGCCCCCACAGACUCCUCUCUGCCGCCGAGACUUCAAUAAAACGUGCUUUUCUCUCUCGACAGCGCUUUACGGAUCUGUCAGUCCCUCUGCGCGAAAGCCCGGGCGCCCCCUGGGCCCCGGCAGGGGGCGCCCCCACCCUUGGGGAAGGGGCGGGGACGUCGGCAGUGGGCGGGGGCGGGGGCGGGGGUGGCCGGGACGGGGGCGGGCUCUCCGGGCCCCCAUUGGCUACGGCACCCCCCACACGAGGGCUCCCCCAUCUCCCCCCGACAUCAGUCCGUCCCGCUUCCAGCUGCCGCAGCCGCGCCUUCACCACCUCGGCCUCCAGCCGCCCCCUGCUCCGGUCCGGCAUGGCGACCCCGACCCAGGCCCCCACAAAGGUUCCUCAGGAACCUGACCCAUUUUACUAUGACUAUGACACGGUGCAGACUGUGGGCAUGACUCUGGCCACCAUAUUGUUCCUGCUAGGCAUCCUCAUCAUUAUCAGCAAGAAGGUGAAGUGCAGGAAGGCGGACUCCAGCCCAACAUGCAAAUCCUGUAAGUCGGAGCUUCCCUCCUCAGCCCCUGGAGGUGGCGGUGUGUAAAACCAGCCCUGGGCACCUCCACUGCUGUCCCUGCCUGAGUACGGAAGCCUGAGGACCGGGUGGAGGCGGUGGGGACCCCAGCCUUGCGCCGGGGAACGCUCCCCCGAAUGAGCCGCCCCACCCACCCGAGGCUGGAGCCGCUGCACCCCGCUGCCCCUCCCCAGGUCUUGGCAAUGACGAUCCCCCAAAGAGCCCGUCUGCAUCCCAGAUCCAGGGACUCAGGCCUCCAGCUCCUGGGGUCCGGGAGUCCAGCCGCAGCCCCCCAGAAUCCCCAUGUACUGCUCCCCUGCACCUCCUCGUCUCCCCUCCGAAGAUCCGAUCCGUUUCCCUGCACCCUCGGUGUCUAUGUCUUGAGCUUAAUAAAUGUGCAUUUGGGUUUUUCCCCC